UGCCGGCGAUCGCAUCAAGCGAGGAAAAGCUCCUCCAAAAAUUUCAGUUCAUAAGAAAAGCCCCCCAAAAACAAAACCAUAUAUAUUUUUGUAGUAAACAUAAAAAUAAAAAAAAAUUAAAACAUAACAAACCAUACAAAAAAAAAUCAGCGAAGGAAGCAAGAAAAUGUUUCAUCUUUGCAUUGACGCACAGAUAUAAAGAUACAAAGAUACAAAGAUAGCUGGCCAAAUGACAUCAAAGUGAAUGUAAACAGUAAAUGUUAAACAUUUGCCAAGUGCCCGUAAAUAAGCGUGAAUAAAUUACAAUUACACGCGUCCAACUGCGCAGCAAAAUAUGCUAGUGAAAAGUGCCACAACAGCAGAAAAAGGAGCCGCUUUUCAUCUGAGCCAAAAGGGAGCCCUGCUGUAGUAUUCAUUAAAGCCAGGCCAAAGGAAAAUUCAGGAAAAACUGGAAAAGCAGCAUCGGGAAAAGCAUGCACUAAACUCGAGGAGGAGCUAACCCAUCUCCCGUCUCUUUCCGGCUCGCUCCCCUGUCGCCGUCCCUUUCUAUUGAAGCGCCACGGAAGAAGAAGCAGCAGAAAGGCAAAAUGAAUAUUGGCAUCGCAGCACCGAAAUGGGAUAAAUUGUCGCCGCGCGAGUUUUUGCAGCUGCAGGAGUUGGCCUCAUAUUCCACCCGAAAGCUGCAGGAUGUUCUGCGGGAGUUCAGCUCGCCGAGUGCAGCCAGCACGCCCAAAUGCAUUCCGGAUGGGGACAUUGACUUCGAUGGGUUCCGGCGCUUCCUGGACGCCUUCCUCGACUGCGAGGCGCCGCUGGACCUGGCCAAGCAUUUGUUUGUGUCCUUCCUCAAGCCGAAUGUCACCCAGGCCCAGCUGCAUGGCCGGGCACUUAAUCAAAUGGCCGCCAUCAGCAGCACGGCCGCCUGUGCCCCGGUCACGUCGCACACGAAGGGCUCCAUACCGAACAUCAAUAGCAUUGCCGAGUUCAUGCCGCAGUGCAGCGGCAGCGGAGGCGGAGGCCCAGGGGGCGUGGCCGGGGUCGAGGGUCACGCACCGACCCGCAGCAGCUUUGUGGACAAAAUCCACGGCAUCACGGAUAAAUUACACCACUCACUCGGCGGACAUCUCUCGCAUGAUCCCAGCAAGACGGGCAGUGUCCACCCGAUGCUCACCGUGACGCCGAGUCCCUUGGCCAGCGGACCCAGCAUGUUCCCGGCCAGCAAUCCGGCCAGGCGAUCCGUGGACUCCAGUCCCUCGCAUUCGGCCACCAACCACUCGCAGAUGUCCCGCAACUCCUCCAAGAAGAGCAACAAUUCGGUUAAUUGCAAAAUUGAUGCUGACAUUAAGCUCCUGGCGCGAAAACUUUCCCACUUUGAUCCGCUGACACUCAAGGUUCCGCUGAAGGAUGUCGUCUGCUAUUUAUCACUGCUCGAGGCCGGACGCCCAGAGGAUAAGUUGGAAUUCAUGUUCCGGCUCUACGACACAGAUAGCAACGGAGUCCUGGACACUGCCGAAAUGGACGCCAUUGUCAAUCAGAUGAUGGCCGUGGCCGAAUAUCUCGGCUGGGAUGUCAGCGAACUGCGUCCGAUACUGCAAGAGAUGAUGGUUGAAAUUGACUACGAUGCCGACGGCACAGUGUCCUUGGACGAGUGGCAGCGGGGCGGGAUGACAACUAUUCCAUUGCUGGUGCUCCUAGGUGUCGACAGCACCACGCUGAAGGAGGAUGGCAUCCACGUGUGGCGCUUGAAGCACUUCAGCAAGCCGGCGUACUGCAAUCUGUGCCUCAACAUGUUGGUGGGUCUCGGCAAGAAGGGUCUCUGCUGUGUGCUUUGCAAAUACACGGUCCACGAGCGGUGUGUGCAACAUGCCCCCGCUUCCUGCAUCACCACCUAUGUGAAAUCGAAGAAGCCCAAGUGUGGGGGAGAUCUGCUCCAUCACUGGGUGGAGGGCAACUGCUACGGGCGGUGCUCCAAGUGCCGCAAGAGGAUAAAGGCCUAUCACGGCAUUACUGGACUCACCUGUCGAUGGUGCCACAUGAUGCUCCACAACCGCUGCGCCUCGUCGGUGAAGAAGGAGUGCACUUUGGGGGAAUACUCGGAGCUGAUUGUCCCGCCCACGGCCAUCUGCCCGGCUGUCCUGGAUCGCCAGCGUUCCGUUAACCAGGCCAACAAGAAAUCCCAAAUGCAUCACCACCAGGCCACGCACUUCCAAAUCACGCCGCCGGACGAGCUGAGCUGCCCGCUGCUGGUGUUCGUCAAUCCGAAGAGCGGGGGUCGCCAGGGGGACCGCAUCCUGCGGAAGUUCCAGUACAUGCUCAAUCCGCGCCAGGUGUACGACCUGUCCAAGGGCGGGCCCACGGAGGGACUGACGCUCUUCAAGGACCUGCCGCGCUUCAGGGUCAUCUGCUGCGGCGGCGACGGCACCGUCGGCUGGGUUCUGGAGGCCAUGGAUUCCAUAGAGUUGGCCAGCCAGCCGGCCAUUGGAGUGAUUCCGCUGGGAACGGGCAACGACCUGGCCAGGUGUCUCCGGUGGGGCGGUGGUUAUGAAGGCGAAAACAUCCCAAAACUUAUGGAUAAGUUCCGAAGAGCCUCCACCGUGAUGCUGGAUCGCUGGAGCAUCGAGGUGACCAACACACCACACAGCGAUGAACUGCGACCCAAGGUGACGCUGCACUCGAACAUGCAGAAGGUGAUUGAGCUGUCGCAAAGUGUUGUGGUCGACAAAUCGCUGAUGGAACGCUUCGAGGAAAUCCAAAGGCAGACCAAGCUGGCAACCACAGCGGCCUCCAGCACAUCGAUUAUGAUGGCCAGCGAAACGGAAACGGAAAUGGAAGUGGAAACGGAAACGGAAACAGCCACCAUGGAGUUCGGCAUUGGCAGAACGACGCGUACCACCACCACCAAGAGCAUUUCGUUGUCCACAUUCGAGACGCAGUGCCUGCAGAAGACCCUGCGGACCGCCCUGAGCAGCAGCAGCAGCAACACGAGCAGCGGCAGUCCCUGCAACGGCGGCAACCAGGAGGCGGAAACGGAAACGGAAGUGAGGGCCAAUGUCGAUGCCGCGACCAUCAGAGCCGGUGGAACGGAAAGGCAAUCACUUGAGACGCUGCUGCUGCAGCACAAACAACAGAUGCAACAGCAGCAGCAGCAACAGCAACAGCAGCAGGAGCAACAAGGAUCGAUUGCUCCUGCGGAAGCUGCAACAGCAACGCCAGAUGGGAAUAAUCAAAGCGAUAAUAAUGGCCAGCGCAAUAAGCAAAACAACAUCCUUAAACAGCAAAUUACAUUGUCAUUGGAUUUGUCCGACCAUAAGGACGACGAUGGCGAUGGCAUUGGCAGCAACAGCAUCCCGGCAACACCAAUCACGCCCACACCCACAACACCAAAUGCCACGUCGAGUGUGCCGGCACAACAGCAACAGCAACACCAACAGCAGCAACAUCUCCAGUUCGAGCAGCAACAGAAGCCCAUCAAAGUGCAAUCUGACAAGGACUGCACGGUGCCCUACAAUAUAAUCAACAAUUAUUUCUCCGUCGGCGUGGACGCGGCCAUCUGCGUCAAGUUUCACUUGGAGCGCGAGAAGAAUCCGCACAAAUUCAACAGCCGCAUGAAGAACAAGCUCUGGUACUUCGAAUAUGCAACAUCCGAGACAUUUGCGGCAUCCUGCAAGAAUCUCCACGAGAGCAUCGAGAUUGUGUGCGAUGGCGUGGCCCUGGACCUGGCCAACGGUCCCCACCUGCAGGGAGUGGCCCUGCUCAACAUCCCGUACACCCACGGCGGCUCCAACCUGUGGGGCGAGCACCUGUCCCAGAAGCGGAUUCGCAAGAGCGCCGGGCCCUUCGGCAAGAGCAAGAAGCUCCGGGCGGGCGACAAGGAGUUCUCCACCACCAGCUUCAACUCCGUGGAUCUGUCGGUGGCCAUACAGGAUAUUGGAGAUCGCCUGAUCGAGGUGAUUGGCCUGGAGAACUGCCUGCAUAUGGGUCAGGUGAGAACUGGGCUCCGGGCCUCGGGACGCCGCUUGGCCCAGUGCAGCGAGGUGAUCAUCAAGACCAAGAAGACAUUUCCCAUGCAGAUCGACGGCGAGCCCUGGAUGCAGAUGCCCUGCACGAUCAAGGUGACCCACAAGAACCAGGUGCCCAUGCUGAUGGCGCCGCGAUCGGAGAAGGGACGCGGGUUCUUCAACUUGCUGUGCAGCUGAUUCAGGCGCAGCGCAUCGAGCGACUUCAUGGGCCGCAAUGCCCCCGAGUCCGCCGAUGAGCUGGACGAUGACUUUCGGAUCGUCACUAGGAGCACCACCGUCCAUAACAUAGCCUAGCGACAAUAGCUUUAACCCUAGUCCACCCGCGAUCGCAUCGAUUUGGUUAGCCCUAGGUUAAGGCUUUCCCUUAUGAUAUGUAGUAUGUGUAGAUGUGCUACAUGUAUUCUUGGAUGUAUGUAUGUCGAGUGAGUUACAGAGCUUUAUAUUUAGUGUUAGAGUAGCCAAAUAUACAACCGAGUCGAGUCAACUCAAGACCAUUCCAAUGGGAACCGAGUGCGGAAGCUGUAUAUAGCAAUACCAGUACUAGAAGGCUUUAGGUGUACAGUGCCACAGGAUAUUUAAAAAUGAAAUACACUUUAAAAACGAUAAACAUAGCGAAAAUUGUCCAAAGAUGCAACUGAAAUGAGACCAACCAAACAACCAGAAGAACAAACCAAAACUAACAGCAUUGUAGUGCGAAUUUUAUGCCUUAGGCUUAAGUAAUUUAUUCCGUCAUCGCCAGUGGUGGGUGUUGCUGGGAUCGAAGAGAUGUAUAUUAUAUAAAGAUAUAAAAAAGAAACAUAUCAUUGAUUUCCGACUCGAGAGAUUGCAUUUGAGCAACACUCGCCACUGAUAUACGAACUUUACUUUUUUUUUAGUACUUUAUAUUGUAUAUAUAGAGAAAACAAAUGUAACUUGAUAUGCAAAUGUCAACUAAAUGGUGCAGCUUUAAACGAAAUUUUAUAUAUGAAUACAUAUAUUGAGAUGACAAGAAUCGGAUGUUGAAUAAUACUAUAAACGUGUAUAUUUCAUAUAGUCAUAUAUGUAUGUUUAGUGCCAAUAAGAUCCUCGCAAAUACAAUACUCGUAGACGAAACACAAAAACAUUUUCAGCAUAAAUUUUCAGAAUAAACACUGGAAGGGCCAAAACUACCCACCAAAUUCAUAUUUCAGAUCAAAAAUCUACAUUCCAUUUGAAUUUUUUAUUACUAAACCAAGAUUUUACUUUAUGCGGUUUUUUUACUAAAUAAAACUUUUGAAAGCCGUAUGUAAAUUUUAAAAGCAAAGCAGAAAACAGUGCAAAUCUCAUAAAGUAAAGUCACGAAUAAAUAUGUUGUUUGUUAUAUGAAUUAUCCCCAGAAAGUGUUUAGGUAAUAGAAAUAUAAUAACAAACUAUUCGAGCACUUAUUUUAAACUGUUAAAAGUCAUGAGAUACAUAUUUAAUUAAUUGGAUAUACUCGAUAUGAAAUAUGUGUCCUCCAAAUCAUUAGUUCCACUAAGUAGACAAGAAAGUUAAUAGCUCAUUUAGAUAAAUACCAUUAUUUGAAAAAUUCCUACAUAAUGUAAUAUACCUAUCACACAGAACUUGUUUGGAAACAGAACACUGUAUAGGAUCCUAGCCAUUUCUCCUGUCUAUAUUGAGUUCUCCUCGUGCCAUCCUUAUCACCCAUGGAUUUCCUCCAGAGGACUUUCAUACUCCAAGCCCCCUAAUCUUUUGGCACGAUAUCCUGUCAAUAGUAAGCAUAUUAUAUCAAUGUACGUGAACGUGUAUUCUGUCGGAUUACAAUUGCAAACUAACGUAAUAUACAUAAAAAUCGAUUUAUUUUGCAAAUAAACAUUUUCAAUGCGAUUCCCCAAGCCCACAAUGCCUCGGUUUCGCCAGGAACAGGAGGAUUUUGUGUUGGCGCCGGGGUGCCGCUAAUGCCACACAGUAGCCAGUUAACAUUAAUUAUAAAUGAACCACUUAACAUUAGUAAAAUGCAAAGCAAAGCGGCUCAACUUAGGCCACGCUUGUGUACAGUACAAUUAGGUCUAAGCAUAUAACUAUCUAAUAAUAGCUCUAUAUUGGAUACUAUGAAAUAAUCGAACAAGCAACUACUAGUUGAUAUUACCAGUGAAAGAAACGAAGAAAGCGAGUGAAACUUGCAAACUAUAUACUAUGUUAGCCAUAUUUUAAUGCAUAAGUAGAACAAUGUAUCCCCUAAGCGGAGUUAUAAUCUGUGUACAAAGUUUGCUUCCUUUUGUAGGUUUAUUAUAGUACUUUGUUUCGUACUUAGAUUAGCCACUGAAGUGUGGUAGAGUGGUCGCUAUAUAACUAUGUAUAUCCCAUAACUGUUUGCCCGCAUAUAUUGUACAAUUUGGAUCUUCACUUGUGCCAAGUACUAGAUGAGAUGGGUACCCAUAAUGGCCCUCAAAUAUAGCAUAUUCAGUGUAAAGGUCAAACCAGUUUAAGACAGCGAACGGAAUGUAAAACUGUAUAAUACAUAUGCCAUAUUAUCCACACGUGUAUACUCCUAUAACCAGUGUUUAAAACAACCACCAAUAAAUCCAAAUUACGUGUAA